AUGUAUUCUUCUGGAAGGUUGCCAUUACAGCGUUCGCUAGACUUAUUGAAGCGACUCAAGAGCACACUUGUAAUAGUUGACCACAAUAAUGAGAAACUUGCAGCAGUCACACUCAACACAGUGGCAGCUGCAUCCAAGAUUGGAGGGGAGAUAUCUUGUCUGGUUCUUGGCACCAAGUGUGCAAAG